CCAGUUUAACUACACCAGAGACUUCGACUAGGCUGAUUCUCCGAGCUCGCUCUCCGCAUCCAUGGCCUAGCUCGCGCUUCUUGUCUCCCCACCAUCCUUUGUUCAGCCUACCUACCGUAUCCGAGCCAUCCUAUCCCGCGGUGCAACACUCUUAUGGUUACUCCGUACAUCCCAACCCUCAUAGGCAUCAUGUCGUCGCUCUUCUCUCUGCUGCCGGACUUGCUUCCCAUGAUAAUGCCCUCUGAAGUGCACAUCACAAAAGCCUCCGACCUGGAGGCGCAAAGGAGUGGGAAGGAUGCGGCCAUGAUCCGGCAGGGCGCCGUGAUCGGCAAAAGCGAUAGAAUGUGUGCCACAGUCAUGAUCGCCAAGCCUCAUUGCUCCUCGGCAGUGCAUCACCACGGCGAGCAAGAAACCAUCAUAUUUGCUGCGAGGGGCAAGGGAAUGCAGCACGAGCUCUCGGCAGGCGAUUUCGCCUUCGUCCCACCGUGGACGGAGCAUCAGGAAAUUAACGAGACCGACGAAGACGUCGUCUGGGUCCUAAUCCGGAGCGGCCCGGAACCCGUAGUCGUAUGGCUGACUGGCUGGGGAGGAGACGAGGCGAAGGCAGACUAGAAUGCUCGAUCUGCUAUCAACGGCUCGAGAUGCCUCUGCAGCGGGUUCGGCUCGCUCGCGAUGCAUGAGGGUCAGCUA